GGAGAAAGGUUGAGGGCGCCUCAUCUGCGUAGGGUCAGGCCACUCAUGGCGGAGAGGCGAUUUUUAGAGAGAGAAAGUGCAGAUGCCUAGAGAGAGAAAGAGAAUAAUAAAAAAAAGGAAAGAGAGAGAGAGUAUAAAAGAGUGAUUGGUCCAUGUGUGUGGUCUGACGCUCACAUUCAGUAGUGGGGUGCAGCCACCUCCGUUUCUCAGGUUCGAAUCCCCAGCUUACUCCAUCAACAAGAAACGCCAUGAAAACCUUCGUUUCUCUCGCCUCUCAUUCUGCAAUUCCUCCCCCACCAUCCUCAAUCACAAGUUUCUCAAAGAAUUCCAGUGGACAAAUCUCCAUUUCAUACCUGCAACCGAUAUGGGCAGCAGAUAGGUAUAGAAAAAAUUUCCCUCUCAGUUCUAUCAAGUUCCAACAGAGGCUUCCAGGAUUUGCACAUGAGAAGAUUGGGCAUCAUUCUGCUAUUUCAACUGCUAUCAAAGACACUAGUAUUACAACUCAUGAAGAAAUGGAGAAUAUGGAUAUCUUUCAUGUGGACCCUUACUUAGAAAAGUGUAAGGAUCAUCUAUUUUAUCGAUGGAGGAGAUAUACAGAGCAGAAAGAAGCGAUUGAGAAGUAUGAAGGAAGCCUUGAGGACUUUGCACGAGGUUAUUUGAAGUUUGGCUUCAUCAGAGAAGAUGACGGCAUUGUGUAUCGAGAGUGGGCACCAGCAGCGCAGGAAGCACAACUUAUUGGGGAUUUCAAUGGAUGGCAUGGAUCCAACCACAGCAUGGUAAAAAACCAAUUUGGAGUCUGGACAAUCAAGAUCCCGGAUUCCAAUGGAAAAUCCCCCAUUCCACAUGGAUCAAAAGUCAAAUUUCAUUUCAAACAUGAUAAUGGAGUAUGGGUUGAUCGAAUUCCAGCUUGGAUUACAUAUGCAACUGUGGACCCCACAAUAUUUGCGGCUCCUUAUGAUGGUGUAUACUGGGAUCCACCGCCUUCAGAAAGGUACCAGUUUCAGUAUCCUCGCCCUCCAAAGCCUGAGGCUCCACGCAUAUAUGAAGCCCAUGUUGGAAUGAGCAGUGAAGAGCCCCGUGUGAGCUCCUACAGAGAGUUUGCAGACAACGUUUUGCCUCGAAUAAAGAAAAAUAACUAUAAUACAGUUCAAUUGAUGGCUAUAAUGGAGCAUUCAUAUUAUGGAUCAUUUGGGUACCAUGUCACAAAUUUCUUUGCUGUCAGUAGUAGGUCAGGAACUCCUGAGGAUCUCAAGUAUUUGAUUGAUAAAGCUCACAGCUUGGGUUUGCAGGUUUUGAUGGAUGUUGUUCAUAGUCAUGCGAGUAACAAUGUCACAGAUGGUCUUAAUGGAUUUGAUGUAGGCCAAAGCACGCAGCUUUCCUACUUCCACACUGAAGAGAGAGGAUACCAUAAACUAUGGGAUAGCCGGUUAUUCAACUACAACAAUUGGGAGGUCCUUCGGUUUCUUCUCUCUAACUUGAGAUGGUGGUUGGAUGAAUAUAACUUUGAUGGGUUUCGUUUUGAUGGGGUAACAUCAAUGUUAUAUCAUCACCAUGGCAUCAACAAGUCCUUUACAGGAGACUAUAGUGAAUAUUUUGGCUUUGACACUGAUGUGGAUGCUGUUGUUUACCUGAUGCUGGCCAACACUGUUAUUCAUAGUAUCUUGCCUGAUGCCACAGUUAUUGCUGAAGAUGUUUCUGGUAUGCCAACAUUAGGUCGGCCCGUUUCUGAAGGUGGAGUUGGUUUUGAUUAUCGCUUGGCUAUGGGCAUCCCUGAUAGGUGGAUUGAUUACUUGAAGAACAAGAGUGAUGAUCAAUGGUCUAUGCAAGAGAUCACCUCUUGCUUAAUAAACAGGAGAUACAGUGAAAAAUGCAUUGCUUAUGCUGAAAGUCAUGAUCAGGCAAUUGUUGGUGAUAAGACCAUGGCUUUCCUUCUAAUGGACAAAGAUAUGUACAUUGGCAUGUCUGCUCUAGAACCGGCUUCACCCAUUGUUGAUCGUGGGAUUGCUCUUCACAAGAUGAUUCACUUCAUAACAAUGGCAUUAGGGGGUGAUGGCUACCUCAACUUUAUGGGAAAUGAGUUUGGGCAUCCUGAAUGGAUUGACUUUCCUAGGGAAGGGAAUGGCUGGAGCUAUGAUAAAUGCAGGAGGCAGUGGAAUCUUGUUGAUACAGAUCAUCUGAGAUAUAAGUUUAUGAAUGCUUUUGACAGAGCAAUGAAUGCGCUUGAGGAUUCAUUUCAAUUCCUGUCAUCCACAAAACAAAUAGUGAGUUACACAAGUGAUGAAGAAAAGGUUAUAGUGUUCGAACGUGGGGAUUUGGUAUUUGUUUUCAAUUUUCACACUGAGAAUACAUAUGAUGGGUUCAAGGUUGGAUGCGACUUGCCAGGAAAAUAUAGAGUUGCCUUAGAUAGUGAUGCUUUGGAAUUUGGAGGACACGGAAGGGUGGGUCAUGAUGUGGACCAUUUCACAUCCCCGGAAGGGGAACCGGGGAAGCCAGAAACAAAUUUCAACAACCGGCCCAACUCAUUUAAAGUGCUAUCACCUCCUCAAACUUGUGUGGCAUACUACAAGGUGGAUGAAAGCUUGAAUGGGAUUGAACAUGAAGCAGCAGAAGUUUAUAAGGCAGAAGAAGGCUUGGAUCAUGGCGCUCAAGAAGUAUCACAGUUGUCCAAUAUGCUGGAAGGUGUAGAGGACAGUGAUCUUGAAUCGGCUGAAGUUAGUGAGGAAGAUGAGGAAGCUGAGCCAAUAACUGCAGAUCUAGUGACACGAUAUAAUUUACUACACCAGAAAAUGAUCAUGACUUUAAGUUCUAUUUCCUAAGGUUUUAGGAAGUGAAUGUGAAGAGCUUCUUGGAUAUUGGAAAUUUGACGGAGAUUCCUCUCACAAGGCUCUGAUGUUUCACAAGAUUGCUCCAAACUUGAUAUCGGAAUUUACAGAACAAAAUGUUAUCAGGGUGGCAAUGGAAGAAUGCUGUUAAGUACACAAGAAUUCCAGAUUUUGAUGAAUGACAAUGAGAGUUUAAGCCCUUAUGGACAAGCACGUUUACAAAUUGACUAAUAUAAAGAAUGACACAUACAACUCUCAAUAACUCCCAAUGUCAGAUUCAAGCAUGGAUAGUCGUGUAUCACAAAUUAAAGAUUCGGGAAACAAGUUUGCAAGUUGUAAGGCUGAAGUAAUGUAUGAAGACUGAUAGUGCCAUCAAUUAAUCUAUUACUAACAGGGCUAUGUACUUCAAGAUAUUUGGUAAUAUCACAUUAAUUACAGUAUUGUUGUCUU